GUCUCAGAUCACUUUACAUUCACUGCGUUUCUUUUUUACACCUUAUUACAUUAUUUAAACAUGAUAUUACGUGUAAUAAUUGCCGUAUUUGUAGUAUUUUACUAUUAUAUAAAAUGGACAUACAAUUAUUGGAAAAGAAAGGGGGUUUUUACUAUAGAGCCAAAAUUUCCUCAUGGAAGCAUGCAAGAAGUUGCUAAAGGAGAACUGAAUAGGCUCGAAUUUUAUCAAAAAUUCUAUUUGGAUGUUAAGAAACGAGGUUUGAAAUAUGGAGGUCUAUACGAGGGUAUGACAGCGGUUUGGGUACCUGUCGAUCAAGAGAUGAUAAAAAAUGUCCUACUUAAAGAUUUUCAACAUUUCGUAGACCAUGGAUUGUAUUCAAACCCAAAAGUCGAUCCUUUGACAGGAGGUUUGUUCCUUUUGGAGGGUGACACCUGGAGAACUCAUAGAGCCAAACUAACUCCAACAUUUACCUCAGGAAAAAUUAAAAUGAUGUUUGACACAUUGGCAGUUUAUUCAAAAGCACUGGAAAAACUGCUGGAAAAGGAAGUUAGUUUUGGAGAACCUAUUUUUAUUAAAGAAACUCUUGCCAGAUUUACUACCGAUAUUAUUGGUUCAGUUGCCUUUGGUAUCGACUGCAACUGCAUGAAUGAACCCAAUAAUGAAUUUAGACAAAAAUGUUCCAAAGCUUUUGCUAUAAACGGGAAACUUAAACAAUUUACACACAGAUUUGCACCUAAAUGGUUUCUCAAAGCCAUAAGCUUUAAGCAAAACGAUCCAACUGUUGAAAAAUUCUUCUUCGAUUUAGUAGAAAGUACAAUAAAAUACAGAGAAGAAAAUAAUGUCAUCAGAAAGGAUUUUUUGCAAAUGUUAAUUGAAUUAAAAAAUACAGGUACUAUUAGUGAAGGCGAAACUGUUAAACAAGUCAUAAAAAAUAAAAAACCCUUUAUGAAUUUAAAUGAAAUAGUUGCUCAUUCUUUCACUUUUUUUUUGGCUGGCUUUGAAACUUCCUCCACAACUAUGUCUUUUGCAAUAGUUGAACUUGGACUAAAUCAAGACAUCCAAGAUAAGUUAAGAGAAGAAAUUUUGGAUGUUCUGUCAAAAAAUAAUAGAGAAUUAACCUAUAAAUCAGUAAACGAAAUGACAUAUUUAGAACAAGUACUUCAAGAAACUUUAAGGAAGUAUCCUCCAAUUCCAAUUAUUCCUAGAAUUUGUACUAAAACUUACCAUGUACCUGGUGAAGAUUUAACAAUUGAAAAAGGUACCCAUGUACAAGUAGCCGUCGGAGCUGUACAUUAUGAUCCAGAAAUAUAUCCCAAUCCAGAAAAAUUCGACCCUGAUAGAUGGAGCCCUGAAAAUAGUAGUAAAAGAUCGAACUUUAAUUUUCUGACAUUUGGAGAAGGACCUAGACUUUGUAUAGGUACGUUUUAAUACAAAACUUGUGUGCAAAUAUAACAAGUGCGGG